AUGGAGGUCGGAGCGGCUGUUUGGGUGAAGGACAAGGAGGGCGAGGAGGCCUGGGUUGCGGGUACGGUGCUCGAGAAGAGCGCGGGGAAGCCUUGCAAGGUCGAGAUCGAGGUGGACGAAGAAUUCUCGGAGGAGCCACUCACGUUCACACUACGGGAGGAAGAUGGUUACGAGCUGGAGGACCUUAAGCUGGCGAACGAGGAGGACAUGGACCACGUGGAAGACCUCAUCGCACUGCCGCACCUGCACGAGGCGGCCAUCCUGCACUCCCUGUGCAGGCGUUUCGACAGGGGGGACAUCUACACGUUCACGGCAAACGCCAUCCUGCUCGCGGUAAACCCUUUCAAGAGGCUCCCUCUCUACAGCAAGGAGCUCUUGACGGAGUACUUCAACAUGGGGUACAUGCGUCAGCAGGGGAUAGAGCCGCCUCAGGCCCUUGGGCCGCACGUUUUUGCGAUCGCGGACUCUGCCUACCGUGACAUGAUGAAGGGUAUUCACGCGGGGAAGUCGGCGGGCAUGGGGCCGGUGAACCAGUCCAUCCUCAUCUCCGGAGAAAGCGGUGCCGGAAAAACGGAGAGCACCAAGUUCGUCAUGAGGUACUUGACAACGGUGGGCAACGGAGAGGACGGGGUGGAGCUGGAGAAGGGUUCGAUCAUGGACAGGGUGCUGCAGAGCAAUCCCAUCCUAGAGGCGUUCGGAAACGCCCGGACCAUCCGUAACGACAACUCGAGCCGCUUCGGGAAGUUCAUCGAGCUCAUGUUCAACAAGCGGGGCAACCUGCUGGGCGCGGGGAUCGAGACCUACCUCCUCGAAAAGGUGCGCAUCCCUACCCAAGCCGAGAACGAGCGAAAUUUCCACAUCUUCUACCAGAUGUGCAAGGGGGGCGACGACGAGGAGCGAGAGCGAUGGGAGCUGCAAGGUCCGGAGGAGUACCAUUUCGUGAACCAGGGUGACUGCUACGACCUCAGGAAAGUGGAGGACGAGGACGAGUUCGUGCAGACGAAGGCCGCUCUUACGACGAUGGGUUUCGAGGCUAGCUCGAUCCAGACUAUCUUCGACAUCAUGGCGGGACUUAUCCACCUCGGAGAGCUCGAGUUUGAGGCUAACGAGGAAGAUGAGGCAGCGAUGCUUUCCGAUGAGGAAGAGAAUCAAGAGUGCAUGGCUCGGGUUUGCCGGCUGUGCUACCUGCCGGAGGACGGUCUGCUGCGUGCCCUAACGUCCAAGACCAUCGAGGUCGGUCCUAGAAAGGAGAAGACCACCAUCAAGCUUAAGGACCACCAGGCGUACGAUGCUCGAGACGCCCUGGCGAAGGCCUUCUACGGGCAGCUGUUCAACUGGCUGGUGGCCACCAUCAACUCGCACAUCAACUGCGACCGCAAGGAGGUGAAGGCUUCCGUGGGGGUGCUGGACAUCUUCGGGUUCGAGUGCUUCGAGCACAACAGCUUCGAGCAGCUGUGCAUCAACUACACGAACGAGACUCUGCAGCAGCAGUUCAACCAGUUCGUGUUCAAGAUGGAGCAGAAGGAGUACAGCAAGGAGGGGAUCGAGUGGUCCUUUGUGGAGUUUCCAGACAACCAGGACUGCCUGGACCUGAUCGAGGGGAAGAAGAAGGGUCUGCUGACCAUGCUCGACGACGAGUGCCGUAUGGGCAUCCGUGGCACCGACGCCAACUACGCCAGCCGGCUGUACAAGGAGCACGCGGAGACGGAGAGGUUCGAGUCCGACAGCGCCAUGCGGACCAAGCUCUGCUUCGCGGUUAAGCACUACGCGGGCCAGGUCGAGUACCACGUGGAGACGUUCUGCGACAAGAACAAGGACGAGCUUCCCAAGGAGUCGGACGAGCUGUUCGCCAGCAGCACCAACGACUUCGUCGUCAACCUGUUCGCACCUGCGGGAGCCAAGAAGGCCAAGACCAAGGGCAAGAAGCCGGCCGCACCCAAGCCCAAGAAGGACGCCAGCGGAGUCGCGGGACUGAAGCCCACCGUGGGGACGCAGUUCAAGGACCAGCUGCACAACCUGAUGGACAUGAUCAAGGACACACGUCCGCACUACAUCCGGUGCAUCAAGCCUAACGACAACGCCGAGCCCGACGAGGUGUCGAGGGUGCGAGUCAUGGAGCAGCUACGGUACGGAGGCGUGUUGGAGGCCGUUCGAGUCGCCCGAUCUGGAUACCCCGUCCGGCUCCCCCACAAGGACUUCUACACCCGCUACCGGUGCUUGAUCUCCCUCGACCCCAAGGUCAAGAAGUCCAAGUAUCCGAUGAGACUUCAAGGCACGAGCACUGUCGCGCAGAAGAUGUGCAAGGACCUUGUCAAGAACGUGCUGUCGCCGGCAAUGGUUAGCAUGAAAAACAUCCCGGAGGACACCAUGCAGUUCGGAAAGAGCAAGGUGUUUCUGCGCAAGAACGCCCACGACUUCCUGGAGAUGAUCCGCUCCCAGCGCAUCACGUCGGCCGCGGUGACGCUGCAGAGAGUGGCCAGGGGCUUCGUCUACCGGCGCGUGUUUUUCGCCACCAAGCACGCCCUGCUGCUCAUCCAGAGGAUGUCAAGGGGCAUGAUCGCACGUCGGAAAGUAGAGCACAUGCGCCGGAUGCGGGCGGCGCUUCGCACGCAGACGGCCUACCGGCGUCACUUUGCGAGGAAGAACUUCCUGUCCAUCAAGGGAGCGGCCCUCGCCCUGCAGUGCGCAACGCGCUGGCGCAAGGCCGCCAAGGUCCACAUCGAGCUUAGGCGCCAGCACCGGUCCACUAAAAUCCAGAGCUGGUACCGCAUGCUCGCCCCGUGGCGUGCCCACCGCAAGCUGCGGUCCGCGACGCUGGCGCUACAGUGCCGGAUGCGGCAGAAGAUAGCCUACGGGGAGCUGAGGGACCUUCGCAUAAAGGCGAAGGAUGUGGGCAACCUCAAGGGGGACAACGAGCGCCUCAAGGCAGAGAUCCUGGUGCUCAGGGAGGCCGCCUCAAACGCUGCGGCUGCCGCCGGCGAUGAGCGGCUGACAUCGGCUAUGAAGGAGGCGGACAGCUUGAGGGAAGAGGUAGAGAAGCUCAAGGCCAAGGUUCUCAACACCAUCUCUCUCCAUCUCGCGCGAACAAAAUCAAUUUCAGACGACUCGGCCGCCUCGGGUGCCGCUGCCGCGGCCGCCGACGAAACCGGGAGCCUCCGCGCCAAGAUCGCGGAGCUCGAGGCUACCGUCGAGGAGGAGAAGCAAGCUGCCGCCACCGCCGUCGCCGCCUCCACGAACACCACCACCGCCGCUGCUGCCGCUUCUCCCGGCAACUCCGCCGAGCUUGAGAGCAUGCGCGCGUCCAUCGCUGACCUCGAGACCGCUCUCGCCGAAGAGAAGGAGAAGUCAGCCGCCGCCGCCGCCGCCGCUGCCGCCGCUAACGCUGACGCUUCUUCCGUCAGCCGUAGCGCUCCUGCCGCGGCCACGGAGAGCGGAGGGAGUUCGGAAGAGGCGUCGGCCCUGCGUGCUAGGGUUGCGGAGCUCGAGGAGGAGGUUGAGCGGAAGAAGGAAGAGAUGGCGAACAUGCCUCCGCCUCCAGCGGCACCGGCGGCGCCGGCGUCGACGGGCUCACAGGGGGAGCUCGAGCAGCGCGUGGCAGAGCUUGAGGCGGAGCUUGCCGAGGAAAAGAAGGCCAAGGCUAUGGCCCUGCGCGCAACGGUGGCCAAGCUGGAGAAGGAGCUAGCGGCAGAGAAGUCGGCGCUUAAGGCAGCCGUGGCGAAGGCAGCGGGCACGGCCGGGGGGGCUUCCAAGGCAGAGGCUGAGGCUGAGAGGCAGGCUGAGAUCGAAGAGGAGAAGGAAUCGGCGUUUUUGCGGAAGCAGCUCGGGGAGCUGGAGGCUGCGUUGUCACGGGAAAGGCAAGAGCGAGAGCGAGCGGUGUUGGAUCGGGACCGCUCGGAGGAGCUUGCGAAGCGCAUGUCCAAGAGCCUCAAGAAUCGCGGCAUGUCGGCAGCGGCAUCGGCCGGUGAAGACGGAGAGGACGGCGGUUCUCUCAAGGGGACCACCAACGGCUCCGCUGUUCUGGGCUCGGAAAACGGCGACGAGGACGGCGACGAUCUGCUGGUGGGGAUGAACAACGAGGACAUGAUGAUCAGCAACCUGAGCCAGGUGCUGGACGAGGAGAGGGAGGCCAGGCGGACGGCGGAGGAGGAGAACGCUCGCCUGCAGACCGAAGCGGAUGCGGCGACGGACGCCCAACGCGCGCAGGCCAAGGCGGUGCAAACCCUCACCCUCGAGCUAGAGGACGCGCGGAAGGCCCAGCAAAAGGCCGAGCAAUCGGCGGCCCAGGCCGCCGCUUCGGCCGCCGCCCUCGUGGCGUCAUCCGAUUCCGGGAGGCCUAGGGUUAACCUGGAGGGGAACGCUCUGCGCACCCCUACUACUGCGUGGAGGGGCGCCGUGCAUGGUUUCGACAACGGAGGGGGUGGUGGUGCUGGUGGCGGGUUCGGGGGUAGCGGCGGCGGCGGCGGCGGCGGCGGCGGCGGCGGCGGUGGCAAUAGCGGUAGCCAUGCGAGCUCGCCGGGAAGCACGAGCAACAGCGUGCCUGGGUCCUCCAGGAGCAACCAGCUGCACACGAACGCGGUGCUGGAGUUCGAGGAGCGCCUGGAGGCCAUCAAGGUCGGCCUCAGCCAGGGGGUGGACUGUUGGGUAUGGGAAGACAAGACUCGGCAAGUGGAGGCGAUCAUGAAGGUGGAGGAGGGUGAAGCGGGCAGCAGCAAGCUCACUUUCGCGGCAAAGGGGUCGUAUCUCAUCUGGAGGGCCCCCGUGCGCCCUAUGCAGAUGGACUCCCGCCUCAAGGUGUCCCUGGGACACGGAGACCUGCACGGGUUGGGCAGCCAGGACGACAGUACGUACCUCACGAUGCGGUGCGGUGGCUCGUCGGCUGACGAGGCCCGGAUGGUGAUCGUGCAGGUGGCGGACAAGGAGAUGAGAAACGACCUCGUCUCCAGUGUGCGAAGGCUGCUUACCCAGGCUAAGGUUGGCGCCAUGGCCGCCCAGAUGCGGGGCCCCGAUGCUGGCGGCAGCGGCGGCUGCGGUGGGGGAGGGCGCCCUGGCAUCAAUCGCCGGGUAUCCUCCGUCUUCGAAUUGGGCGGCGGGAGCGGCGGGGGCCGCGCGAACCCGGGCAUCUCGUCGCCGCCCCGUCGCCAGAGCACGAGACCCUCCCUGAGUACGGCGGCAUCGUUUUCGGUUGGGUCGAGCGGCGGUCCAGGCUUUUCCCCCAGAAUUCCCAGCGGUGGCGGGGGGGGCAAGAGUCCUGCCAAGGCGGGGAGCGGCGUGACGUCAGCGACACCUCCCCUCCACAGGAAGAACCAGAACCAGGGGGAGGACCCCGAGAUGCUGGACCUGUUGAAGAACCAGCUCGAGCAGCUUGCUAUGGCGAAGGAGGCCGAGCUAAAUGCGAAGGAGGUUGAGCUCCAGGAGUCAAGGCUCACGUCGGAACGGACCAUGGUUCAGAUGAUGGAGCUUACCAACGAGGUCAACACCAAGCAGGAUGAGAUCCGUAUGCUGAAGCGCCAGGCGAUGGAAGCCGUGGAAGACAUGGAGGAGAUGCGACGCACCCACAAGGACAACGCUCACGUCAGCAUGCAACUCCUGAAGAAGAUGGAGGGUCUCCAGUUCGACAACGAGGAGCUACGGCACGAGACGGAGUUUUUGAGGAACAAGGUGGCCAUGUUUUACAACGAGGCCCGCAUGAGGGAGGACGAGGGCGGACACGGCGGCGGCGAAGGGUUCUCGCGAGAAGAGAUGCCUCCGCCCAGCUCUGUCAGCAGCAGCAGAGACGGAGGGGGUCCAGGCAUGCCGGCUUCCCCUUCGGGGAGCAUGUCGUCCUUCGCGUCGUGCGAUGCGACGUCCUAGUCGUAGUCGUAGUCGUAGUCGUAGCUUUCGUCGAUUGACUUCCUUCUUUCCUUCUGUUUUUUGUGCGUGAGGUCUUGUCCUCCUCUCUUGAGACAGGAGAUGAGCGAGGAGCGAAGAAGACUCCCGAUGUCGGUUUAUCGCCCCCAAGAUUUUUUUUGUUGAUUUUGUGUGUGCAUUUUGUUUUUUCAGCCAGCAUCAGUCGACGUGAUGAUCCCCCCCUUCCCCCCCCCAAAGGAUGAGAAUGCGCCCCCCCCUGCGUACCCCUUUCUGCCUGUCCCCCUCAGCUUGUGUCGGCGUUGUCUCUGAUAUUCAGGGGACACCCGUGUUGUGUCCCCUGGUUUUGUGUUGCGUGCACGCGGUGACAUACGCGGCUUGCGGCCGAAACACAGAAGAAAGGUGGUGCGCUCGUGUGCGUGCUGUAGGCAUGUACCAAGGGCUGGCUGAGCCGCUUCCCACGCCCCGGUAGAAUACUUUCUUUUUUUUUUUGCUCAGCGGCGGUCUUUUCGAAAGCCUGGCUCAGUGUGGAGCCGUGUUGUGUUGAUUGGAUGAGCCAACCUCAAGGGUGGGGACACACAGACAAGGGGCGAGAGACAACUGGGGUACGGCAGCACUGAUGAGACAGGGGAGGGUGGAGAAAACGGCAGUGUUGUGCGCGUCUGCCGGUCCUGCGCCCCAUGUUCCAGUUCGAGGCAGGGGUAAGGGUUGCGUCGGGUUGGUUGCCGUGAGGUCGAGGCCACGUCUUUAUUUACCUGCGUUUUGGUUGGGACAGGGCUGGAUGGGUAGAUUGGGCGCUGGGUGGUGGUGGUGGCGGUGGUGGUGGCGGUGGUGGUGGUGGUUGAUGUCGACUGUGGUUUGAUUUGGUUUGGGGGCGCCAUGUUGCAGGGCUUGGAGGGACGUCUCCAUCCCCACUGCUGUUCGGGUUGCGAACGGGUUCCGUGGUCGGUUGGCGUGUUUGGGUGUGUUUGUGUUCUCCAGACUACGCGUGCCUCUCUCUCUCUGCUUUUCGAUCGAUUGUGGUGUUUGUGUACGAGCGAUGGCCUCCCCCGGGCCCGUGACUGAUGGCGUUGCUGCGACCGUUUCAGGGAGGGCGAAGUGGUCGGUUGUCCUCUUCUGCGGUAGCUAGAAGGUAGCGGUGACGAUGAUCAGAUCUUGGGGUGCGGUCGGUGUAUAGGGGAGGACAUCUGUUCUGAUGAUCAGAUUUUGGUGGGGAGGGGGAAGGACAUCAUCUGUCAACGAACGCGGCAUCGAUUGGAGUUUGUCUGGGUUUCCGAGUCGCGUGUGCCACAAUCGUUGUUCUCUCUCUCUCUCGCACAAGCGUUGCUCUCUCGCCCUCUGUGCCCCUCAACAAGCCUUGCUGUUUGCGCGAGAGCAGGUGGGACAGAUCAAUUUGUGUGCGUGAGCAGGCGUUCUUGAGGUUUUGUUCAUGUGGUAGCAAAAAGAUGCAGCGCGGAAAACGCGGUGAUACUCCUGACGGGUCGUCUCGCUGUCGUCGUCAUGAGCCGUGAUCAAUGAAGUCGAUGGGGGGGGUCCCCACCUACAGAACAUCCGCCUCAAGCUGUUGGUUCUAGUUCGUUUUUUUCUGCUCUCCCGUGGAGAUGCUAGGUGGAGGGUUAGAGUUGCUUCAUCUUUCUCACCCUCCUCCCCCCCGCCCUGGAGUGGGCGUGCUUGGUGUUCACUUUUUUUUUUUGCAAGAUAGUGGUGCCACAUAGUGGGGGGAUUGGAGAGGGGUUGGGACUGAGUAUUUUGAUGGAAUUGCUGAGCAAUACUCCCGAAAAGGAAUGGUACGAUGUUAAACCCUGUACCCCCCCUCCCCCAUGACACGCAUGCCUAGAUUCCGCAUGCUGUGCUUCUGGCUGUGACUUGCAAUGUUCGUUUGCCACCUCUCUCCUUG